AACAAACAGCCCAAGUUAUAUCCUCAUAUUUCACAUUUCAUACCUGCACUCUCCACGCCACUAUAAUUAUUAUUAUCAUAAUUCGGCGCUGUCAACUUGGCCAAAGACGGCAUUAGCGCUAUGUGCAAGACAUGAAUAAUCCGUGAAUCCUCCUUGGUCGGUCAUUAGUGUUGCCCUGUCUUUGACUCUAUCACCGUGAGAAAUUCAGCUAGAUGGCCGUACCGGUUAGUCUAGUUAUAUUCACAACUCACGCAACUUUCAUUAUAUUCUCUUACCGAUUUUACUACGGCUUCGCAGAAGCUUGUUGUAGACCAUCAAUAUGACUGGUUCCCACAGUUGGUAUUCACGCAAGGCACCCAAAAGCAGCUCUAUCAGUAAUGCCAAAACACAUGACAAUUCACAGGCAGACAAGGUUAUUUGCGGCCGUAUUACCAAACCUGUCUCUAACAAAGAGAAACCACAUGGACGACCAGCUAUUAUCAAAGAUGAAGACGAUACGAUUGAAGCUCUCGCUACGGGGGCGCAAGCGAGCCAACUAAUCGAAGAAGACGGCGAGCUUAAUGAGGAUAUCCAGGACUCCAUUGAGGUAGCUCUCGAAUAUGAAGGAGACAGCGAAGGCAGCGAAGUGGAUGAACUCUUAGUGCAUACCGCGGAAAACACUUCGAGCCAUCUGAAUAAUACUGUACAAGAGACAACAGAGACAGAUGAGUCGCAGAGUGACACGUCCCAUCAAAGCAAUCCGGUCGAGUCUUCUAUUGGUGAAGGGACAACUCGGGACCACGCACCAAAAGGAGGAUGGCGCUAUGAACAGGUUUUCCUCAACCAGGUUUUAAAGGCGCGAGAUGAAUACACUUUAAUGCCGACGACCUGGAGAAUGCACUUUCGAGGCGUUCCUCUACCCGAAGGCUUGUUCUACAUCAAAACCCAUGCUGUAAGUACUCGGCCAAGAAUAUACGCGCGCACAGAUAAGCUAGAAUAUCAAGGUGCUACAGCACUUCGCAAGCUGAUGGAUAUUCAUGGACGAGUUCGCGAUCUCCGAAGGGCGCAAAGGUCACAUCCGGAUGAGCAACAUAAGAAUAGAUGUGGACGCAGACUUGUUAAUCAUAUUAAGCAAACACUCGAGCAGGCCUUACGAUGGUCCAUAACCGACGGAAAUAUCAGAAAAUAUCGCCGUGAUUUCGAGCCCAAUAUUGUGAUACUAGAGAUGAAUGACGAAAACAAAUCAGACAUGGACGUAGUCAUCCAAACCGAAAUGACGAAGCUAGCUACGUGGUGGCGAGAUAAGCUGGCCCUUAUGCCUGGAGAAGCACGGCCAGAAGCGCCCGUAAUCUUUUGUUUCGUUAUUUUCAAACAUAUUGUGUUCAUCGUUACAAUGGACGCCCAGAACCCAGAUGCUGUCUGCCAUAUUCCGUGCCGGCUGAACCUGUCGGAAGAGAACCAGUAUCAAUGGAACGCCUUAGCAAUUAUGGCUACCAUCUGCUGGGCCAGAGACCUUUACAUAGGUAUGAUGGACGGUUUGCUAGUAGGUGUGGACUAUGACGAAGGCAAGCAUUCGAGCGACCCAGAUGCUUAAUAGGUCUGAGCCAAAAGUACAGAGAAACCUUCGUGUGUGUCUGACAGAUUCUAUGAACGAAAUGAGAAAUACUGAAACCAGGGAAGACAUGUUGAGGUUUGAUCACAAGAUACCAGAAAUAGGAAGGGAUGACGUUAUGUUUUCAUGUGCUCGAGUAAAAACAACUGAAGCUAUUCAAGUCGGAAAUCGCAUUGGAAUCUUCCUUGUUCUUGUAAGAUAACUUACUUGCAACGUUACUUGCAGUCAAUGAAUUGACUAUGUGUGAUCUCGACUUACUACCUAGAUGGCUUCAAAAUGCUAUUUUACGC